CUGGUGCGAGAUCUGUCCGGUGUGUUUUACAGCCCGAAGUGAGAGUCAUCGGCCGCGGAUCUGCCGAGCAGGUGGAGCAGACUCAUUACCGCAGCUCUUUUGUUUAUAUCGGUCACUUAGCCCAACAGAAUGGGCCCUGGUUAGAAUAUUCUAGAAACAGCAUAAUCUUAAGUUUGUAAGUUAGCUAGCUAGUUAGCAAGCUACCAAAAGCCAAUGCGGGCAGAUGCGGCGGCCCGUUGCGGUAUUCCAAGCCUGGGAUUGAAGUGACACCGAGUUGCCGGCUUGUUGCUGGUGAACAAAGAAGAGGGCAACAGUCGUAAUACUCUCGACGAAACUCCCCCCACCCCACACCCCGAUUUUGUUCUGGGAGUGUUUAGACUAGAAACGCCGCCAAGAUAGCUGGACCGGGAAGGAAACGGCACAGCUCAGAACCAGACCCCAGUGAAAGCGGCUCCGGUAGCGGCAGUGAGGUGGGUGACAGCCGACCCAUUAGUGGAAAGUGGCUUAAGAUGGCCAGUAGCAGCACUGCUUCCAGUGAGGUGGGCCGCAGGAGAGCGCAGAGAGGACCCGAUGAUACCACAAGCACCAGCAAGAAGAAACAGAAGGAUCGGGCCAACCAAGAGAGUAAGGAGGCCAAGCGUGCUGCUGCAGCUGGCAACACGGAGGUUAGAAAAGAUGUGUUACUGGACUGGAAGCAGAACGUCAAUGAGGUGAUUGUCCGGCUCAGAUGUGGAGAGGAAGUGCUGAGAGUGGAAAAUGUGGAUGUUGCCUUUUCCGACACCGCCUGCCAAGUCCGCUUUCCAGAUGGGCGUGAAUGGGGCUGUCACCUGCAUGCAGAGAUUGAGAGUUCCUGCAGUAAAGUGCUGUACAAGGAGAAAGGCAGUAUCCUGCAGCUUGUUAUGCACAAGAAGAUCCCCUUGAACACCUGGCCCACUCUUAUGCAGAGGAGCAAGGAAACUGAACCAGUGAACAUAUUAAGUGAGAAUGCCAACAGUCAUCACUUACCUGCAAAACAGUCUGGGAAAUCCAGCCUAAUCUCGGAGACGCUCAAAACCACCAAACAGCAAACACCAGCACCUCCGGACCAGAAACGCGGUAAACCCGACCGGGGAAUGAAAAGAGGGAUUAAGAACAAACAGGCAGAGCAUGUGGAGGGCUCAGCAGUCAAGGUGGCCGAAGCUAAACCGGGCGCUAAGGAUGACCGGACCCCCGAGCCCAUAGCCAAGCGCACCAUCCGCCCUUCCAAGCACGUAAAGGAGCGUAGUGUAGCAGCAAGCCCUACACAGGAGCCUUUGGCCAAAACUGUCAUUAAUGGCAAGUCUGUCACGCUUACCAGCCAUAGUUCUACUUCUCCGUCCUCCAGUGGGUGGGAAAGCGAGGCAGAACCCCAGGUGAAAGGUCAAAUAUGCCAUGGGUCGAAGUUGCCACAGCCAGAGAAUGAAGUUGAGAAAAAUCCAGAGAGAAACACUAAGGAAGAAAUUAAGAAGGACGAGGUGCCUGCUUGUGAACCAACAGCAGCAUCAAAAGACCUUUUGGCCCCCCAAGUAAGAACUCCAACUCCCAAACAUCCCCACAGGCCUGAGGAAACCUGUAGAAGUGCAACAACAUGGGAGGACGGUGAGAAGUACAGGGAGGAAGAGAGGAUUGACGCUGCCGAGCAGAGCCAAGGUCAACCAGAAGUCUUGGCCCACACCACGGGGUCUGAGGUUCCUGUCCCAGCAGCAUCCUCCAAAGGGGAGGACACCAUGCACGCAGGGGAGGAGAAGAGAGACCGAUCCAAAGAGGAACCAUGUGAGAAGAGUCGCGAGGAAGAGAAUGAAGGCCCAGAGCCAAUGGUGAACCUGCAAUUUGUGAAGAAUGACUCGUACGAGAAAGGGACGGACCUGAUGGUGGUCAACGUCUACUUGAAAGAAAUCUGCAGGAAGACGUCUAGGGUGCUCUUCAGGGAACAAGACUUCACCCUCAUCUUCCAGACCAGUGAUGCUAAUUUUUUGCGCCUUCAUCCCGACCGUGGACCGAACACAGUCUUCAAGUGGCAAGUUAAACUCAGGAACCUUAUACAGCCAGAGCAGUCCAGUUACUCCUUCACCCCAUCCCGCAUUGACAUCACCCUAAGGAAGAGACGCAGCCAGCGCUGGGGUGGCCUGGAGGCCCCAGCUCCACAAGGUGCAGUGGGGGGCGCAAAGGUCGCCGUACCCUCCGGUACUUCCUCCCUUGACGUGAGUCAGCCAGGGAGCAGCCAGCAUGCCCUACCUGCCAAGGAGGAGCCUCGGGCAGGUGAAGAGAAGCCCAAGCCCCCUCGGGCUCCGGAGGACGCUGGUCUGGAUGCGGUGGUGCCACGCUCCGUCUCUGAGCAUGUUCCUGUCAAACAAGAGCCAGUUGUUGCCGCACCAAAGCCCACAUGCAUGGUGCAACCCAUGACCCAUGCUCCUCCUUCGGGGGGCGAGCGAGUUGAGGAAGAGGAGGAGAAGAAGGUGUGUCUUCCUGGUUUCACAGGACUCGUCAACCUGGGCAACACCUGCUUUAUGAAUAGUGUGAUCCAGUCUCUGUCCAACACCAGGGAGCUGAGGGACUAUUUCCAUGAUCGGGCAUUUGAGGCAGAGAUUAACUGUAAUAACCCACUGGGCACAGGUGGAAGACUGGCCAUAGGGUUUGCCGUGCUGCUCCGGGCAUUAUGGAAAGGCACCCACCAUGCUUUCCAGCCCUCUAAAUUAAAGGCAAUAGUGGCCAGUAAGGCCAGCCAGUUUACAGGCUAUGCUCAGCACGAUGCCCAGGAAUUCAUGGCCUUCCUUUUGGAUGGGCUACACGAGGACCUGAACCGUAUCCAGAAUAAACCCUACACAGAAACAGUGGACUCGGACGGGCGCCAAGAUGAGGUUGUAGCAGAAGAAGCAUGGCAAAGGCAUAAGAUGAGGAAUGACUCAUUCAUAGUUGAUUUGUUCCAAGGCCAGUACAAGUCAAAGCUGGUCUGUCCAGUGUGCUCUAAGGUUUCUAUUACCUUUGACCCCUUCCUGUACCUACCUGUCCCCCUGCCUCAGAAACAAAAGGUGCUGACUGUGUUUUAUUUUGCUAAGGAGCCCCACAAGAAACCAGUAAAGUUUUUGGUAAGUGUAAGUAAGGAGAACUCAAGCACAGAAGAGGUGUUGGAGUCCAUUUCUCGGAGCGUGAGGGUCAAACCAGAGAACCUGAGGCUGGCAGAGGUUGUGAAGGGUCGCUUCCAUCGGCUCUUUCUGCCGUCUCACUACCUUGACACGGUCUCGUCCUCUGACAUGCUCUUCUGCUUUGAGGUGCUGUCCAAAGAGCUGACUAAGGAGAAGGUGCUGCUCCUAAGGGUGCAUCAGAGGCUUCAGGUUCCUAGUAUUCCUAUAGCCAAGUGCGCUGCCUGUCAGAAGCCGCCUCUGUCGGAUGAGGAGAAGCUGAAACGCUGCACACGCUGCUACCGCGUGGGCUACUGCAACCAGGCUUGCCAGAAAAACCACUGGCCCAACCAUAAGUCCCUGUGCCGACCUAACUUUGAGAACGUGGGGCUGCCAUUUUUGAUCAGCGUGCCUGAGUCCAGGCUAACCUAUGCACGCCUCACUCAGCUCCUGGAAGGCUACUCCAGGUAUUCGGUGAAUGUUUUCCGGCCCCCCUUCCAAUCUGGUCGGACGUCUCCGGAGGCCAGCCUGUCCCACGGGGACCAGUCUGCCGUAACAGGGGCUGUUCCUGAGGGUCUGGGGUCGGAGAAAGAAGCUCAAUCUGCAGGUGGAUUAGGGGAUACACAGGAGGCCAAUUGCAUCUCGGGCCCUGAUGCGGAGACGGGACAGGCCUCAGCUCGAUCUGUAGGAGACGUGGACGUGCUCUCCACUCGCACCACAGACUCUGGUUUCUCUGAGCUGCCACCCAGUUCACAGGACCCGUUUGGAGAGAAGGAAACGUCUUGCGAGAAGGCUGUGAAACCGGAAGCUGCCGUGACUGGUUACCAGCAGCCUUCUGAGUGUAGCUCUGGUAGUGCUUCUCAAUUCUAUAUCUCCUUACAAGAUGCCAACAACAAGGAACAGAAACUUGAAGACAAAGGUGAGGGUGUGCUGGAAAUGUCUGAAGACUGCACCUUGGAGCUGGUGUGGAAGAAUAAUGAGCGGCUGAAGGAGUAUGUGCUGGUGCGCUCCAAAGAGCUGGAGUUCGACGAGGACCCGGGCUCUGCCAGCGAAACCGCCAGAGCGGGCCACUUCACUCUGGAACAGUGCCUCAACCUCUUCACCAAGCCUGAGGUGCUGGCCCCAGAGGAGGCAUGGUACUGUCCAAAAUGUCAGCAGCACAGGGAGGCAUCGAAGCAACUGCUGCUUUGGCGUCUGCCCAACGUGCUCAUCAUCCAGCUCAAGCGCUUCUCUUUCCGGAGCUUCAUCUGGAGGGACAAGAUCAACGACAUGGUCGACUUUCCCGUGAGAAACUUGGAUCUGAGUAAGUUCUGUAUUGGUCAGAAGGAAGAUGUCCAGCAGCCUCCAAUAUAUGACCUCUAUGCCGUUAUAAACCACUACGGAGGAAUGAUUGGCGGCCAUUACACAGCCUAUGCACGUCUCCCGAAUGACAAGAACAGCCAGCGCAGUGAUGUUGGUUGGCGUCUGUUUGACGACAGCACUGUGACCACAGUGGAGGAGAGCCAGGUGGUGACACGCUACGCCUAUGUACUGUUCUACCGUCGCAGGAACUCUCCGGUGGAGCGGCCGCCCCGCCUGCUCACACCCCUUGGAGCAGAGUCGCCCGCUGCAGCCGGAGCUGCCGCCAGCCAGACAUCUAGCCAGGCACUCUUUGGGACAGACCUGGACCCUGAAGGACCCCCUCAGUUGGGCAUGGAGGUGACAUCUGAUCUGUUUGCCUGCUCAGCAGAGUGCUCUGGACCAUCUUAUACCAGCAUGGAAGAGGUGGACUAAACUGGACCUAAAGCUGUGGCUAUGAGCAACAGCAGCCCUCGCCUCAGGAAAACUACUUCCUUGAAAGAGAGACUUCAGUGCUCGUCAGUCGAUCAAGCCCAGCAGAGGUGCUCAGGUUGCAUUUGUGCAACAUUUAAAAUUAGAAAUCAGAAAAUUGGAAGAAAAAAACCCCACAAAAAGCCAUGCGUAUAUAUCUCAACACUAAGAUGGUAUAGAGCCUACACAGGAAAGCAGGCAGUUUCUAUAUGUGAAAAUGCAUUCUGAAGGGAUUGCCUGGGUGGAGAUGAAUCUCAUUGGUGGAGACUUGCACAGAGAUGUUCACAGCUAGGGGUGCAAAUAUUUGAUCACACAGCCACAGAGAAAGGUGCACUGCUAAUAUCUGAUUGGGCACUUGUGUUCAUCUCCUAGAGUUUAAGCAUCUUAUCACAGAUAUGCACUUUUUGAGAAAAUGUGGAAACAUUCUUGAUACCCUACAGUUUUGGCAUUCACAAAUUAAUGGUUAACACAGGACAAAAUAUACUAUUCAUGCCCUUAUUUACAUAUAAGGUGGACUGGCUUCUUGGAGUGGUUUUCUUUGUAUCUCUUUGGAGUGUAACUUGUUCAUUUGUAGGAUUUGCUAAGUGGUGCUUUAAAAUGAAUCAAAAGUCAUGUAAACAUUUGUCAGUGAGUAUGGACAGCUUUUUCUGUGUGUGUUUUGUUUCAGGAGCAUUUUUUUUUUUUUUUUUGUCUUGUACUUCCAUUGAAUUGUACUUUUUUUACGCUAUGUCCUGUGGAAAUGUCUACAUUAAACGCAGCGUCUUGAAUUAUGGCGAGACAUGCAUGUUGACGAACUGUAGCGUAUCGUGUAUCAUUAUCCACACCUUUAUAUAUUCUCUUUUCUUAUUUGAAGUAAACUGUCUUGUUUUCCCACUUUUUGUAUAACACUGCAUAUUAAGCAGGCACUGGGAGUUUGGUGAUGAUGCUGCUCAAGAUAAACAAAUGGUUAAUAUAAAUAAAACCUUUUGAGUAAAUUAAA